AUGGCGCCGUCACGGGUGUCACCCGAGCCUAAGCCCAGCACCUCCGAGACGCCGUUGGGCCUCACAGCGAAGCAGCUCGACUCGUUCCAGCGGGACGGCUACCUGAUCAUUCCCUCGUACCUCUCACCAGAGACGUGCCAGACUCUACUGUCCAAGACGCACGAACUGCUCCGCGACUUCCCGCUGGCCAACCACCCCAUGACGCGAUUCACGACGGGGAGCGACGAGGACGGCCAGUCGACGUCGGCCAAGCACGUCGGCGACGAGUAUUUCCUGACGUCGGGCGACCAGGUGCGCUUCUUCUUUGAGGAGGACGCGUUCGACGCGGCCACGGGGGCCCUGAACAAGCCGAAAGAGCGCGCCAUCAACAAGAUCGGCCACAAUCUGCACGGGUUGGUGCCGGAAUUCGGCCACAUCUCACACGCCGGCGACAUCGGACGGCGGAACGCCGCCAUCGCCCGAGACCUGGGCUACCGAGAUCCACGCCUGCUGCAGAGCAUGGUCAUCUGCAAGCAGCCCGAAAUUGGGGCCGCCGUGUCGCCGCACCAGGACAGCACGUUUCUGUACACGACGCGCCCGUCCGCCGUCGGCUUCUGGAUUGCCUUGGAGGACGCGACCGCGGAAAACGGCUGCCUGAGUUUCGCGCCGGGGAGUCACCGAAGGGCGCCGGUCAAAGAACGCUUCGUGCGACGGGCAGACGGACAGGGCACGACGUUCGAGGACGUGCCCGACGAAGACGGAAGGUGGCCGCGCAACUUUGAGCACGAAGACACGCAUGGCCAAACCGCGCCGAAGGAAGAUUACGUCCUAGGCGAGGUAAAGGCGGGCAGCCUGGUUCUGAUCCACGGCAACAUCCUACACAAGAGCAAGCGCAACACCAGCCAGAAGACUCGGAUCAUUUACACGUUCCAUCUGAUCGAGGGCGAAGAGCAAUACGACGAUAAGAACUGGUUGCAGAUACCAGGUGGGCCGGGGCAAUUCACCAAGCUGGAUGGCAAGGCGUAG